ACUAAUCUUAUGUUUUUGUGUUUGUAACUUCUCAGUGAGCAAGCAGGGAAGCAUCUGUGGCAGCAUCGCUUUUGUGGGAAGUGUUGUGGUUGGGGGGGUCGCCUGGUUGGUGUGUUGCAAGGCUUUUUAAUCAAGAUCACUUGGAGCCGCUUCGACAUCUGUGAAUGGACAUGUGAUCUACCGGCGAUGAAAGGCGCAGUUGACUAACACGUCUCUAAAAGAGUUACGCGGCGACGAAACCGCGUCUUCUCUGAGCAGAGGAUUGCUUCUUUGGUGAUGCUGGAAAAACCAUGACGCUCGUUAUGUGAACGACGUCCAUGCCAUGGCUGACGGGGGCAGAGACUUUCCUGCGCCGAACCUCCCACCGAAGGCGUUCUCCGUCAAUCUCGGAGGGUCGAGGUCGUCGGCAAUGUUUUCGCUUGCUGAACCACCUCCCUUGCCGCCACGUCGAAGCGUCUUCUUUGGUAAAUGCAACGGGGCUGGUGAUCUGUCAUCUGUCCCACCAGCUCCUUCUUCCACAUCAACUUGGACAAGUUCAGAUUUUCUAAGUUUUAUGCACCAACCAGGCAAAGAAGGAGAUGCAAAAACCAGCAUCAAGUCAAUAGAAGCCCUUUUUCUUGAGGAUGCGAGCUCUAGGAGCACCACACUUCGGCAUCAUUCGUUGACAACUAGUUCAGUUGUGUCCACACAAUUUGCCUCUCAGCUAUUCCCACUUGCAACUGCUGGUCAGCUGCCGGGCCGUGUUGGUUCACUUGUGGGCACAGAGAUGACUCACAGUAACUCUGCACCAAACUUCAACAAUCUGUCUUCCAGCUGUAACCCUUCACCUAUCCACACAGCAAGUCAAGGCUCAUCAGUGGUUUCACGGACAGAAAUUGAAAGGAGUAUGUUCAGUGUGCUUCGAAAGAAACAAGACAACAACCUCAUUGACUUCGGUGUAGACGCAGAGCUGGCGAGAAAACGGGAAACACUUAGGAAAGCCGGGGACUCGCUGAAUGAUCUACUUGACCUGUUUGAUCCUCUAAGAGAGAACGAACUUGAUGAAAUGGCAACUUUUGAAGAUUCGCCACCAAGGGAGACUCCAAAAGGAAAAACGGAACUGGUUGAGGCACCACCCCAGAUCCCUCCCAAACAUGGAGGACCUGCACAAUCACAGCCGCCAUCACUGCCAGCAAGUAGAAGUUCAACUGUUGAAAAGCCCGUUUCCACACAGAGCUCUACAAGCAAAGGGCCAAGCGUGGAACUUGGCACUUUAAAGGUAGUCCGUCAUGAAGUGUGUCAAGGGGAAGAAAUCGAAGCAUUCUGGGCUAAAGCUAAGCAGCUAAGAUCAGAGUUUACAUUUUAUGAUCAUCAUACCAAUGCUGGUCUUGUCAUAAGCCCAACAUUGAAAAACAAGUGGGGAAAAAGCCUCAGCAUAAAGUUGGAAAUCACGAACAGCUUUUCGGAAAGGCCUUUCUGCUUUACAUGUGAUGUAGGAACCAGUGUGGAGCAUGUAAUUAGCAACACUGUGUGUUCCCUGAAGGAUGAUUUAUCUGACAGUGCACUGGAAAGUUACGUACUGAAAGUCAAAGGGCUUGCGGAAUACUUUACACGCGACUCUGCAUUGAAAGACUAUGAAUAUGUUCACCAAUGCUGCAAAUUUAUGAAGCCAGUUUGCCUGACCCUUAUUGAAAUCCAAGACCUUAGUAAACCAUGGAUACGGACAUCAAGAGAUGACAGUGAAUUUUAUGAAGUCAAAGCAUCAAGCCUGCUUCCUCAGCCAUCAGGACAAGUUUCUUUUGAUUCAGUGUCUAUAUUACUUGAAACCUUCCACAAAGAGGCUAAGAAGGUGCAGCUGGGAGCCUCUGCAGGUUGCUUGCAGCCAAAUGGAGCUAUUCAAGCCGUAAAGGCCAUUUGUUCUACACUUUCAAGGAUCGAAAUAUUGGAAAUCCUGCAUGCUGUGGAAGGGUUAAAGCACAUUUGCAGUCAAAUGCCCGAGGUGAACGGGUUUCAUGACAGCUAUCUCAAGGCAGAAGACUCGCCAAAUCCAGCACCCACGAAUUGUGACCGUGUUGCAGAAGUUGUAUUCUAUUCAUUGCUGCAGCUGCAGUCUGCAUUGCGUACACUUGUUGAAAUCUACUGCCGCAGCUUUCGUGUUGACUUUUCGUUAACUAUGGCGAAUGAAAGCCAACCACAAUGUGAAGUGCGGCCAGUCACAACAUUUCAUGACACCUUUCUUGUAAACAUUGGCAGCGUACAUCAGCUGAAACCACACUGGGUUUCAGACUAUGAGCAGUUUAUUAUAACUUGUGAGCUUCGCUAUGGCUUGCAUAUAAUGUGUCAAGGGGAAACUCGCACUGUAAAAGCAAGUAGAAACUUUUUCGAACUUGUUGUUUUUGAUGAGUGGAUUGAGAUGAGCGCGUUUAUGAGGAAUCUUCCCCGAGAGACUGCUAUAUACUUUGCACUGUUUGGUGUAAAGCCAUCAGCUGAAAACAGGCCACCAGAGGCACCAGCAUCUGAACGAGUGCUUUUGGCAUGGACUGGGCAGGCACUGUUCAACAGUCGGCGUGAGCUGCUUCAAGGAAGUCUCUUUCUCGGUUUUUGGUCACCAGAAGUAGAUGAAAACAGUGGUCCGCCACAAAGCAAUGAUGCAUUUUCCUGUCCGGUGCUUCGUCUGCAGUUCCCAGAAUUUGACUGUACUGUAGUGUUUCCAGAAGUGCCACAGGAUAUCAUCACUACUUGCAAGGCAACCACAUAUGCUCUGGACAGUGUGGUGAUCCAAGAGCUCACUGACGUACUUGAAAAAGACCCUCUCACUGUUCCGAGCCCUGAAGAGAAAAGAUUAUUCUGGGAGCACCGUCAUUACAUCCUUGAAGUUCCACAUCUUCUUCCCAAGGUGCUUCUGUCUGCUCACAGCUGGAGUUGGCCUUUUCUGCCCGAUUUGUACUUCCUUCUGACAGAAUGGCGUCCUGCUUCUCCUAUUAAUGCACUAACCUUGUUGCUGCCACUGUUUCCCGACUACGAAGUACGGAAGACAGCAGUCAAUUGCAUCAAGAAUAUUGGCAGCGACGAACUCUGUGAUCAUCUACCACAACUAAUCCAGGCAUUGCGCUUUGAGACAUGGGAAGAUGCACCCAUCACAUGGUUCCUCUUAGAACGUUCUCUGACUAGUGUGCGCGUUGCCCAUCAGAUGUUCUGGCUGCUUAGGCAAAACCUUGACAAUCCACUCACAGUCAAGCGUAUGAAGCUUGUGAUUCAAACACUCCUAGUCAUUGUAGGCAAGUCUUUCAGAGAUAUUAUAGAGAAGCAAGAAGAGCAUCUAAAUCAGCUUUGCAUUAUUGCCGAAAGCAUAAAAGAGACACGUGAGUCUCUCCGCCUGGACAAGCUUUUGCAAGACAUGGCACAGAUUCACAGUAUGAUCGAGGACAGCCCUUCUUGCCUUCCACUAAACCCAGCGAUGGAAGUUUGUGGUGUGGACGUCAAGUCUUGCUCUUACUUUACAUCCAAUACACUUCCUCUCAGGAUUGCGUACAAGAGUUCAGAGCAAGGGGCCAAGCCCAUUCAUGUGAUUUACAAGGUUGGAGAUGAUCUCAGGCAGGACAUGUUGACACUUCAGAUGAUACGGAUAAUGGACAAGUUCUGGUUGAAGGAAGGCCUGGAUCUAAAAAUUAUAACCUUCAACUGUGUUGCUACUGGCAAGCGUAAGGGCAUGGUGGAAAUGGUCACUGAAGCAGAAACACUGAGGAGAAUCCAAACAGAGCACGGGCUCACUGGUUCAUUCAAAGACAGGCCUAUCGCCGAGUGGUUGCAACGACACAACACGUCUGAACUGGAAUACCAGCAAGCUGUGGAGAACUUCACACUGUCGUGUGCUGGCUACUGUGUAGCCACAUACAUCCUUGGAAUCUGUGAUCGCCACAAUGACAAUAUCAUGCUGAAAACAUCUGGUCACAUGUUUCACAUUGAUUUUGGAAAGUUUCUUGGCGACUCUCAAAUGUUUGGCAACUUCAGGCGUGACAGAGCACCAUUCGUCCUUACCUCAGACAUGGUGUAUGUUAUUAAUGGUGGUGAGAAGCCCUCUAAGAAAUUCCAAAUUUUCAUUGACUUGUGCUGUGAAGCGUUUAAUAUAGUUCGCCGUAACAGCAACAUUUUCAUCACCCUCUUUGAGCUGAUGGUCACAUCCGGAGUCCCUGGUGUCACUGCAGAGGCUGUCAACUUUGUUCAGAAGUCCUUGUUACUUGGCAGCUCUGAAGGAGAAGCAACUGCACACUUCACCAGACUUAUUGAAGAGAGCCUGCGUUCACGGUUUACACAGCUGAACUUCUUCAUUCACAACAUUGCACAGCUUCGGUUCACUGGGGACCACAACGACGGGCUGCUACUUUCGUUUGUUCCUCGAACUUUCACUAAGGAUUCAGAUGGCAGGAUUGUGUCCCUUACUGUGGUUCGCUACCUGAAGUGCCACGAGCCAGAGAAGCAUUACACUUAUGUUGUUCGUGUUGGCAGAGAAUGCCAGGCAGAGCCUAUGCAUGUUGUUAGAACCUAUCCAGAAUUCCUGGAGCUCUACCAAAAGCUAGUCCGAAUGUUUCCAUUGGCCAAGUUCUAUCCCCUGCCCAAGGGAUCACUGGUGGGUCGCAGCAACACACGCGAAGUGGCGCAGCGGAGGAUGCAGGAGCUGGGCGUGUUCCUUACAUCCCUCACCAAGAUGGCAGAAGAGGUGUCCCACUGCAGCCUGGUGUACACUUUUUUCCACCCUCUUCUGCGUGACCAAGAAGGUAUGGCUGAGGAUGAAAAUGAGUGCGAUAACCUCCGUCAAAUCAGCCAGAGGGUCAAUCUGUCCAAGGGCAUAGUUGGCCGAAUAAAGCUCUCCAUCGUUUACAAGGCGAAUGCUCUGUCCAUCAUGGUAAUGCAUGCAGAGAACCUGGCGUGCAUGCGAAAGUCCUUGCCAGACUGCUACAUUAAGGCAUACCUUCACCCGGACCCUGAAAAAGUAACCAAAAGGAAGACGAAAGUGGUGUUCAAAAACAACCACCCAACUUUCAUGGAGAUGCUAGAGUACAACUACCCACAUGCAUUUAUCGCUGAACGGGUGUUGGAAGUGUCUGCGUGGGACCAUGACAGAGUCCAAGAAAAUGAAUUUCUGGGAGCGGCCAUUAUAGAUCUGUCACGUAUGGACUUGACAAGGGAGAGCACACACUGGUACCACCUGAACGCCGUGAGAUACAAGUUUCGUUGAUGCAUCAACAUUUCGCUUGGUGUUCAUCUGUCUUAAGUUUCCGUGUAUUGUGUGCUUGUGUCUGUACAAAUGUGGGAUCAAAAACAUAGAAAAGUGUUAUGCUUAGGAGUGUGUUAAUGAAUGUGUUUUUAAUGCCACGAAAGCACCACUGGACAAACUACGUGUCGCUUGCUUAAGUGGUGGUCAGGAACAGAGACUGAAGCAUGCACUUCAUUGUAUAGCAUAGGUAGUGAGACUUAAUAUAAUCUCUGAUAUACGCCCAUUUCUUUUUCAUAUGGAGUUUGUUGUGUUGUCUCACAAUAUCUCCUCUCAUGAAGAUUUUGUCAGCAUGCUCUUUUCUGUAGAGCACCUUUUUCCUACCUCCUGGUUUAAGAGAUUUAUUUCAAUGUUUCACAAGUCAUUCGUGUUGUAUCAUGCAGUGUUGCUCACCUGUCUGCUGCUUAACUGAUUGCAUUCUCAUUGUGCAUGCUGUGCGUGCAGUGUUGUACUGCUAAUAUUCAGGGGGUGUAUGUACUAUAUAGUCUAUUUUUCUAUGACUCUUAUAUACAACAUUUACACACUUAGUCUUUUGAACCAGGUUUACAUGUGCUAUUAAUGUACUAGCCAUUUCUUGCACUAAAAGUGUCUCAUUUCUUUGUUUGGUUUCACCUCUGAUGACAUUGUGUAUUUUCUUUUGUUUUCUGUUCUGUAACACCCACUGAUGUUGUAAUUCACAUUUACUAUGCUAUAUAUUUUAGUGCUUUCGUACCAUGGCAACUUUUUUGGACCAUAUUUUUUCUCUUCUUUAUCUAGUAUUAAAGCUGUAUCCCAAAUAAGCUGUUUUUGGCUGUUAGUGCUUUCUACUUUCUAUGUGUACAAAAAAAUGUGGAGGCACGCUAUAUAUUCUCUAACAGGCUGCAAGAAGUCUGAACAAUGUGUGUGUUUCCUUUUUUUAUGUAGCCACACACUAGGCGUUUUUAUUGCUGCAUGUCUAUGCUGCUUCUAUUAUUAAGGGUUCAUGUGUUCUGUAACAGUGUGCUUGGUAGCACAAGUUAUGCCAUUGCUUAUUAGAGAGUGGAGUUGAAGCAUCAGCAUCUUGCAUAAUUGCAAAAGUGCACAAAAGCUAAACAUUUUUAUACAUUUCCUAGAUAUUAUGGUGAACGAGGUUGUCUACUUUAAGUUUACUGUUUUGCACAUUAAUGAAGGGUGGUGAAUGUAGUUAUUAUGGCACCAACGAGUACACAUUCACUGUGCACCAACAGCAGACUUGUUUUUGCUGUAAUUUCAUGGAACUGAGCUUUGCACUCAUGGAAUUUGCACAUGUGCAAAGUGCGAGUAUUUUGCACAUGUGCAAAAGAAUAAACCUUGUCACAAUUGUGGGCUUGGUGUAGCAUAUGUGCUAUUUUAUCUCCUGCAGCUAAAAUUACCAAUUGUACUUGUUAUGACUCAAUGCGUUGAGUACACAAAGCUGUGAAGAUUCAUGUCAAGUCAUGCCACCCAACUGUAAAGCUUUGCCGUCUUGGUUUAUUUCUUAAUUCAGAAAAAUUGCUGUCUUCUGUCACUUUGUUUAGAAGAGUAGAAAUUUUGUAUGCUCAACAAUUAGAUAUCUUCUUCGUGAUAUACAGAUACAAAGUGCCUUCAUGUGCUGUGCAGAGCAAAAAUAAUAAUACUAAAGCCACGUACUUGUGUUACUCAGCAUUGUGUUAUGUACUUGAAUCCGUGUUCCUAUGUGAAUAGGCAAAUUAUGUGAAUAAAUCCUUUUCUGCCACAGGUG